GUGCUGUUCUUUUUUACUGAGAUGCCCAACUAGGCUGGGUGUUCAUGAUGUGGAUUCUCAUGAUCUUGCUGGCAAGUAUUACAUUGCAUACUCUCGUGUGCAUCUGUAGCAAUGUCUGUCCAAAGAAGUGUGUGUGUGAUAGUGCAAAGUCAGUGCAGUGUUUCAGGUUGCAGUCUUUUCCCACUGGAAUCACUAAAGAUGUGAGGAAACUAAACCUGGGAUACAACCACAUCAAGCAACUAAAGGGUAGAGACAUAUCUGGCCUGACAGAGCUGGAGGAAGUGAUAAUUUCAUCCUGUGGAGUGGAGGUGGUGGAGGCCAAUGCUCUCAGGGCUCAGGGGCUACUAAGAAGCCUGGAUCUACAGAAGAAUAAACUGCAUCAGAUCCCCCGUGGUCUCCCACCCAGCCUGGAGACCCUCAACGUGGGCCACAACAGGAUCACAGGCCUCCAGGAGUCUGUCUUUGAGGGGCUGAAGAAACUACGCCUGCUUGAUCUUCAGAACAACCAGAUCACCAACCUGCGUUCCAACACCCUCUCCACCCUGAAGAAGUUGGAGUGCCUUUACCUGGAUGGAAAUCAAAUUGAGACUGUUCAAGGUGCUCUGAGACUCCCCCAACUGAAUCUGUUGAGCUUGGGGAACAACAAGAUCCCCUGUUUUCCCUCAUCCUUUUUCACACCACUACAGUCCUUGACGACACUGCGUUUACCAGGGAACCUCCUAUCAAGAGUCCCACUCGAUCUCCCUCACGCCCUGUCCUACCUGAACUUGGACAGGAACCAAAUACGAGCACUGAGAAACCGCGAGAUGGGCCAACUCCGCAACCUCACGUCUCUGUCUGCGUCCUACAAUAGGUUGGUUUCUGUGGAUGGUGGCCUUCGCUUGCCCAACCUCACAGUGCUGGAACUGCCAGGAAACCAGCUGAGGGUGCUGCCCAGUAGACUGAGCCCCAAACUGGAAAAACUGGACUGCAGACAGAACUCCAUUCAGGAAGUCACCUUCCAGCACCUGUCUGGAAUGAAACAGCUGAAGCAUCUCUUCCUAGAGAAUAACACCAUCUGGAACUUUGAAGCUAAUGCUCUGAGGAACAGCGUUCACAUAACCAACCUGGCUCUGGAACAGAAUCUCCUCUCCUCUAUUCCAGACGGGCUUCCAGAGAGUCUGAUCCGCCUGGACUUGAAAGGGAACCGCAUUGAGGCCGUCCAGGGGCAUGAGCUGAGAUCCCUGAAGCGCCUGCAGGUGUUGAACUUGAGGAGAAACAAGCUGACCUCCCUCCCCCAGAUCACCCUGGAUCUGCUUCCACGGCUGAGGACCGUCUACCUAGAUGGGAACCCCUGGAACUGCAGCUGUGAGCUCCUGGGGGUCAAGAGGACCCUGCUGGCCAGGAGGGUGGAGAUCCCUAAAGAGCUGUGUAACGAGCAUGUGAGUGCGCCGGGGGACAGCUGGAGAGCGUACCUGAUGGCCCAGGACAGAUGUGAGGAGUACUUCAUGGAAACCGCCCCUGAGGACCAAGUGGAGCAGACAGACACUGAGGAGUAUUAUGACUAUGAUUCGUAGAUGGAGAAAAUAAAUGUAGCAGGGGAAUUUCAUGUUUAGCUGAACAUACUGGGUAUUUUGAAUGUUUUAACAUUUUACUGUAGUUUGCCAAUUAAUACUAAGGAAGUUACCUUUAGCUGUGUAGUCAAUAGAAAAACAUUAAACUACUGUAUUAACAAACAGCUAUUGCAAUAUACAUUGGUAAAUAGGUAUAUGUAGAAUAUACCUUAAAUACCUAAUGUAUAAUAACAUAAUAAUAAAUAAACAAGUU